AUGACAAAUAUGGAUAAGACAAUCACAGUUGCUAUAGUGAUGACGGAGCCGGAUACUACUGAUCCAGCUCCGCCGGCAUCUGGAGCCGGGAUUGGGGAGCCCUGGGCGGAGACACUGACGGAGAAGAGAGUGAGGAGAAGGAAGACGGUGAUGGUGAGGAAGAUGAAGAUGAUCUUGGUUGAUGCCAUGGAGAGAACAUGUGGGACUGUCAUGGAGAUGAAGAAGGUUGCUUGUGUCGUUCUUUACGCCGUGGCAUCCAUCAGCGCCGCCAUGGCACACGGUGGCCAUGACAAGGCAGAAGCCCGGCCAGCCUCGCCACGCCGGUGGCACCGAAAGACAGCGCCACCGCUCUUGGUCCAUUGCUUGGUGCCUCACUCCUCUCCUUUGUUGCAUACUAUUUGCAAUUCUAAGCCAUGA